AUGACGCUCAUUCAACUACCCAUUGAGAUCCUGUGGAUUAUCGCGUCUUGCUUCUACCACCAAAGAGACAUUUUUGCCUUUAUCCAGACCAAUCGUCAUCUCCACAAAACGCUCAUCCAGUUUCUGUAUAACUUCCACGCGCAGUAUAAGCAUGGAGCUGUGCUCUUUUUUCUCGCCGAGCGGAACCUCGUUUUCCAAGUUCAAAAUCUGCUACACGGGCUAGAUAUUGCUCGCAACCAGCCUCAACCAUCCCUGGCAGUGAUACAAGCAACGGAAGCCAAGGCUCCAAAAAGAUACGAGGACGAAGACGAGGACGAAGAUGAAGACGAAUACGAAUACGAUGCAGUAGGACCGAGAAGACGAGAAAAAUGGGACCAAACGGAUGUUUUGACCCAUCCUCUUUUCCAAAAGGGAUAUAGCACCCCGACCAUUGUGCAUGUCCAGCACGCUCUCGUGGUGGCAAUUCGGGCUGGACAUGCCAAAAUCGUGGAUAUCUUGCUAGACUUUGGUGCACAGGCUAACUUCUAUUGUAAGGGACGCACUCCCUAUACUCACAACCGGUGGCAUGAUGAAGAGGUUGAUUACCCACCGCUCUUCACUGCAGUGCAGGCUGGAAAUCUGGAGCUAGUAAAAUUACUGCUCCAGCGAGGUGCUGAUCCCGAGCGAUAUCAUCCAUCACCAUUAUAUCGUGCUGUGAAAGAUGAUAAACGGGGCAUUAUCCCGACAUUGCUCGAACACGGGGUAGGGCCGCAAGCAACAGCGUUGAAGCUAGCUGUGCUGCAGAAGGAUGAGUCUAUGGUGAGACUUCUUCUUGAUGGAGGGUUCAAUAUUGCCCAGUACGGGCAUUCUGGACUUUAUGCUGCUCAAAUGCAGGGUGAUCAGGAGAUGGUCGAUUUGCUAGAGUCUCGGGGUGCGACUUUGGCGGCACUUACUGAAAAGGAGAAGGAAAGCGGGGCAAGGGAGGACGGGGAUGGCACUCUGCCUAUCCCUCAACGUUUGUUUAUUUCCUAUGCAGAUGAAAUAGAGGAAGAAGAGGAUGACGAUGUCCAAGUUGAUGACCAUUGA